GUCUGGGACCUGCCGGCAUGGUGUCCAGGAGAACUCAUCUUGCACCGAUCAGUGAGUGCUACUGCUAUCAUUGCUGAAGAGCCAAAGUCCAUUCAUUUGCCUGUUGCAUCCGCUCACGGUUGUUGUUGUCGUCACGCGGUCGGAAGAUCAUCGGGCCGGUCGGCGUGUCAGGGCCUCCGCAUCGCUGUAGUUAACUGGCUUCAUUUACUUGUCACUCCGGAUAGUGGUUGCCGGUCUGGUCUCGGAUGGGGGUGUUGCGCUGACUUUCGACUUUCUGAGGCGGUUUGAUAUCAGAAAUCUCCAACAUGGACGCCUUCGCCAUCACGGAAGGCAUCGUCCCUGAGAACAACCAGGAUGCCCACAACUCCGAAGCGGCCGCCGCCAAGUUGCCGGAAGGAGCUAACAAGUUCCAGCGUGCCAUUGCGGCCUGGAGAGGUAUUGAUCUGUCCAACACCAUCGCAAAGCUAGACAGUACAGCCUCCGACAUCGUCGCUGAGCAACGCGAUGCGCUCGUUCAGCGAAAGGACCUCGCGCAGAAGACGAAAGACUUCCGGAAGCUAGACGAUGCAUCGAAGCUGACAGAGUAUAAGGGUCUCCUGAAAGCCUACCAGGGGUUUAUCGAUCUCCUCACGAACCAGGGAAAGGCCUCCUCGUCUGCGUUCUUGCAGCUAUACUCGUCCUUGUCUGAGGCGCCCGAUCCGUACCCUCUCCUCGAAGCAUCCAUCGAUUCCCUCGUCCACUCCGAAGAAACCGUCCCCAAAUUGACCUCGGAGCGUGAUCGGCUGCAAGGCUCCGUCGACCGUCUUACCUCGCAGUUGGAGGAUACCGAGAAGCGUCUGCAGGAAGAACGAGCGGCGAGGAAGAAGCUAGAGGAGAACCAGGAGUCGAAGAUUAAGGAAGUCGAGGAGUCGUGGUCGGCAGUGCUGUCGGAGAAAACGAACAAUUGGACGGCCAAGGAGAAGAGCUUGGAAGAGAAAGUGGAGAACCAGGAGCGCUUGGUGAAGGAAUUGAAGGCAAGCUAUGAGGUGUCACAACGCUUGGGCCAGGAAGACGAGGGUGGCGACGGCGCCCAUGGAGCUAGCGCUGCGGAGCUGGAAUUGGUGUCCGCCGAGUUGGAGAAGACCGGCUUGAGAUUGGCGGAAGUCGAAGCAAGGAAUGAGCAACUGACGCUCGAGCUGGCUCAAGCCGUUUCGCACUCGCAGUCGGGCCACGCGGCGUCCGUCGAAGACGAUCCUGCUUAUCUGCGUCUUCAGUCGGAGAACUCUUCCCUCUUGCGCAAGCUUGAUGCUGCCCGGUUCGAUAAGGAGUCCGAGCGACACUCAUGGGAGUCCAAAUACUCGCAGGCUGAGAGGCAGAUCACCAACAUUACUGCGGAGAAGGAAGAGCUGCGCUCGAAGUUGGAGAAGGUAGCCGACUACGAAGACAUUCGUCGUGAACUGGAGAUGAUCAAGUCUAUUGAGUUCUCUCCCGGUGAUGACGACGAUGCUGCCGAUCUUACGGACACUGCAAACACUAACGGCGCAGCUGCCAAGGCUCAGGAUGGUUCCAAGAAUAAGAAUAGCCUGGAGCAGCUUUUGAUGGCUCGGAAUAAGAAGCUGACAGAUGAGCUCACUAUUUUGCGAGUAUCUCAUCGCGAUCUGCAAGGUCAGCUUGAGGCGCUUCGCGAUGAUCUCUCAAUCACGAAAGAGGAGCUGGAGAAGUCUCAGAAGCUGUCCACCACGCUUGAAAAUGAUCUUCUCCGUGUACAAGAGGAGGCUGCCAACGCAUUCCCGUCAUCAGCCAUGUCUGUAGCAGGCACCUACACCUCCAAAUACCCGCACUCAUCCCGCCGGGGGGCUGUAUCUCCCACCUCCUCCAUCAUCUCGGGCUUUGACCAGUCCGCCGCUUCCGCCAACGCCAUGGAUUCCAUCCGUGCCGGAGAGCCGGUCGGAGGUGGCUCCGGUCUUUUGCCUAUGAUUCAAGCCCAGCGAGAUCGCUUCAAGAAGAAGAAUGCUGAGCUGGAGGAAGAACUGUCAAAGCUGUACGGUACGGUGAAGUCGCUGAGACAGGAAGUGGCCUCACUCCAGAAGGACAACCUCAGCCUGUAUGAGAAGACGCGAUAUGUCUCAACAUACAGUCGUGGUCCAGGCGCAUCAUCAUCGGCAUCUGCCUAUGCAAACAAGCCCAACACUUCCUCCAUUCACUCGUCCGCGGAUACGCCGUCGGGGCUCUCCCUCGAUCGGUAUCAAUCCGCAUACGAGGCCCAAAUCUCACCGUUCGCCGCUUUCCGUGGCCGCGAGUCUGCGCGUGCAUACAAGCGCAUGAGCCUGCCCGAGCGGAUCGUAUUUUCUCUCACCCGAAUCAUUCUCGCCAACCGAACCAGCCGGAACCUUUUCGCGGGUUAUUGCUUUGCUCUACACAUUCUCCUCUUUGUCGUGCUGUAUAUGAUGAGUAGCAUGGAGAUCGAGAAGCACAGUAGCGCAAGCCUGGGUGCAGCUGCUGCGGCAGCCAUGGCCGGUGGUGGUGUCGGCGGCGGUGGCGGCGGCGGCUAUGGAAGCCAGCAGCUUCAUGGAGACGACUGGCAGCAGGAAGGCUUUAACCACGCAAGUUAAUCUUAUGACUUAUUGUAUUCAUAGCCCGUUGGGAGCGACGAAUCAUUCAGGGGCGUUUGUUGGUGGGCGGUUACGAUCUGGUGCUGACUUUUCUAUGUGAAUAUCCUAUGUUCUUCUACAAUGCAAAUACUUCUAUGUG